GAUACGCUCAGAUACUUAAUUUGUAAUAUCUAAAUAUUUAUUUCAAUAUGAGAAGAUAGUCUUUUAUAUCUCAUAGACUAUGAAAUUGUUUGAAAUUGUUUGAAAUUGUAUACUGAUGCUUUAAGAUAAUAAGUUCGAAUGGGAUAUUGUGCCAAACAGAAAAGAGUUUAUGUUUUCAUCAUAGAGUUAAAACGUAAGGAACUAGAGCGCACAAUGCAAUGGCUUCUUUUGUGAAUGAUUCUAAUUGUAAAUUGAUGAACACUCAAUGUGUAAACUCUUCACCAGUUUUUAAAAGGCAUGAAUUUAUAAGAUCUGGAACUGAAGUUGCGUUACCAUGUUUGAUAAUACUCAUUAUUGCGACAAUAGUGGGUACCUUUGGAAAUAUUCUGAUAUUGCUCAGUGUGAUAAGUCGUAAAAAUCUGAGAAAAGUGGAAGGUAUUUUUAUAGUGAAUCUUGCAUCUUCAGAUCUGUAUGUAACUGCUGUAGCUGAUCCUAUGAGUAUUUUAGCAAAAAUAGAAGGUGAGGAGUUCUUUGACCGGAUUCCAGGAUUAUGCCAAGCAGUUGCUAGUCUAUGUACUAUUUCCUGUGUGGCGUCACUGAUGACCAUAGCGGCCAUGAGCUUUAACCGAUACGUAUUCAUUUGUGCACAUGACAGAUAUGAACGAAUCUUCACGAAGUGGAAUUGUGUCUGUAUCUGUAUUUCAUUUUAUGUUAUUGGAGGGAUUCUGGUUCUUCUAAAUGCAGCAGAUAUCGGGGACCACGGAUUCGACAGAAAAAGUUUGGAGUGUAUCUGGGACCGGAUGGCAACAUUUCCGUACACAGUCGUGUUUUCCAUAACUUUAGUCUGGAUUCCCUCUAUCGUGACAGGUUUCUGCUAUCUGAAGAUUUAUCUUUAUGUGAGGAAACAUAAAAAACGAAUUCGUGAACAAAACCAUACUGGUAACUCUAGACCAUUCCUGAGAAGUUUUCACCUUGCAAGAACCUUGUUUAUUAUUUACGCAGUUUUUAUAACAUGUUGGGCACCAUAUGCCUUGCUUAUAGUUAUCGAUUUCAAAGACACCUUCUCGCACGAAAUUCACUUGUAUAUAACAGUGUUUGCUCACUUGCACCCGUCUCUUAACUGGCUUAUCUACUUGGUUACAAACAAAAAAUUUGCAGACGCUUACAAGCAUUUGUUCAAUAAAUGCAGGGUGUGUCAUUUCAAUAUUGUUGAGACGGCUAGUAGUCUAGUUAGCCAAAAUCAUGCCAUGCAGUUUUCAAAAUCAAAACCACCCUACCAAAUUCACAAUCAAGACCUUGAUAUUGACGAUGAAUCGAAAUUACAUCGAAUUUCAUUCCUGUCAAGUAAUAAACUUGACAUGCAGCAGGAUGAAAAUAGCAACUUCGAAAAUAAACGAAAACCUAUGAUUGUAUUAGAAUCAGCUUGUUGAAUAUUGAAACCUAUCGUGUAUAAAAGUUAUUCUGGGAAUUUAUUUUGAAAUUGCACUCGCCAUUGUCUUUUUGGCUAUGACAUUAUACUUGAUUUCACACGUGAAUCACGAACGAGUCAAAUAUUUGCGUUUUGUUAGCUGGCGUCAUUAUAUAUUAUUUGAUUCAACAGCCUCCUGUUCAAAUCGGAUUGAUCCUUGUGUUAUUUUGUUCGAACAGAUGUAAUAAAGCAGCUCUAUGAUACAGGAAAGCGCCAUCUACCAUCGCCAUUGAAGUAAUAGAUACACUUAGACUAAAAGAUCUGUGGUAAAAUAUCACCAGGACUCAUUCCAAACUUCGACCAUACACUCCGACAAAUUAAACAAUGUUGACAGAUUAUUUUUGUUUCAGUUUGUCUGUGACAUGUGUUCUAUAAUGGUUUUAGUUUUGGUUAUAGUGCUAACAUUUGUAUUCUGUUGUAAGUAAAAUGUUUAGUAAAUACACAGUCCAUAAAAUAAAAAAAAAAACGUGUUUGUAAACAUGGACGGAUCAAAACGGAAGGGGAAGAAGCAUUUUAUAGAAAUAUUUCGAUGGCAAAAUACAAUACAUAUCGUAGCCCUGCCCAACCUAUAAACCGGGCCAGUCUAUUUUAUAAGUACAACAACAUCGUUGACCCAUUUAAACGAGUUGUAGUCAAUGUUUUGUUUCUGUUUCUAAAACUUGCUUUAACAUGUAAUAUAAAGACAUUUUCUCAUAGAAUAUACCACUGCUAAUAUGAAUCAAUUUGAAUUUAAACGUUACACUUACAAGUAAACUACACAUGAAUUAUUUAAAAUUGAAAUAUUGAAAACAACUAAAACGCCAUAACUGUUUAAAAACUUUGCAACCCAUUUAAGCAAUGACUGAUGUUUUGUUUAUUUAAGUAGAGAAGUGCACUGCUUCUACACACAAGUUGCAAUCUGUUAUAUACUGAAUUGAAAUUAUAUCAGUGUUUAUGUGCGCAAAUACGUACAUAACUUAGUGUUUAUUUUCACAUUCUCUCUAUCAUUUUCGUGUUUCUAACGGUAAACCAUAUUCAAUUUGAUGGCUCCUUUUAGACGAAUGUUACUUUUUAAAUUUUCGAUGAUAAUGCAAUACACAGAAGAUGUUUUAGUUCAAAGAAAUGCCUGAUGCUUAGACCAACGAUGUUGUUUACGGCGUUUCCUGAUGUUGAAUAUAGACACGAGGAAUCGAUGAUAAAUGAGCCGCGCCAAGCGAAAACCAACAUAGUGCGUUUGCGACCAGCAUGGAUUCAGACCAGCCUGCGCAUCCGCUCAGUCUGGUCAGGAUCCAUGCUGUUCGUUUUCAAAGCCUAUUGUAAUUAGAGAAACCGUCAGCAAACAGCAUGGAUCCUGACCACCAGACUGCGCGGAUGCGCAGGCUGGUCUGGAUCCAUGCUGGUCGCAAACGCACUAUAUUGGUUUUCUCAUGGUGCGGCUCAAAUGUUGAUAACUGGUGCAUCGGACAGGCCAUUUAUAAUGUCUGUAAUACAGAAUGACGGUCUGACGGCGACUUCAAUACAUAUUCUUUACCUCAAGUUGAACUGUACAAGUUUAUUGACCACCGAAUUAGCAUUUUCGUAUCUGAUCUAUUAGACGAACGUCUCGAUGUCAUCAACAGAUUAUAUCGCGCAUAGUCAUUAUGAACGACAGAAACCAAUCUGAUGGUACCUAUGAUUGCUUCUUCUCUACAAUUUGCAAAUACGAACGAACGUGUGGCUAUAAGAUGAGACUUUUUUUCCUUUUAGCAUACAUGCUAUAUUUAGUUCUAGCAGUAGAGAUAAAUUAUAGACCAUUAAUUCUUUGAAGGUUUGUCUGGAAUAGACGUUUACUUAUACUUAGAUUAGCUCCUAGAAUUAUGCUAUUGUUUUCAGCUGUGCCCUCUUUUUAUGAAUGGGGUCAGUCUAUAUAUUUUCAAAUAUCAUAUUUCAGUCAUUUUUCUGAAUAGACUCACUUUUGACCGCUGUGAAAUUUCAUUCAUUUUUUUCCUCAAUAUGGCUAGUCUGAUUCAUACUGUAAAAAUGUCAUUUAUGCAGAAAUUGUUUACCAUCAUUUUCGUAAAUAAAAUACCUAAAAAUAAUCGUCUAGAAUUGAGCUAAUGUGCAUACAGUUCGAUAAUAAGUCUAAUUACUUAUAUAUUCUGGUAAACAAAAGUACUAAUUAUGUAAACAUCUACGGUAAACAACAACUUAUUGGUGACGUCUUUCUUAUCGACUCUUUUAAAUAAAUAUACCACUCAUGUGUUAGUUAAGAAAUGUGAUCACAAUAAGCUAAUAAAAUACACCAAAUUAAAUAUGAACCCUUUGAAAUUCAUGCCCUAAAGGCGGUUCACUUUAGGUUGAUCAUAAACGUUAAUGGAAUCGAGCAGGCUUUAUAUAUACUGUUAGUUAUUUAGACAAUAGAUGUGUACUGAAUGAUUUGAUAAUUGCUGAUAAAAAGACUUACAGUGUACAUUUCAGACCAGAUGUUCUAUUUUAGUGACUAUUGAUAAAUGCACAUAGAUGUCUUAUUGUUAAUAUUACCGGACCAUUUGGAGCGAAAGUUGUUGCUCGGUGUGUUAGUCGUCCAUUAGUGUUACUUUCUGGGAAGCGUUAGUCUGCCGGUAUUUUUACAUAGGAUGUACAAACAAAGUUAUAGUUUAGUUCGAUCUUUGAUCAACAACGAGUCAUCUACCUGGAGAACGAAAUCAUUUUCCUGUAAUAACGCAGUCCAUUACAGGGUAAUGAGCUUUUUUUCGGUAAGGGUGUAAAUGCACGCCUAGUGCUGCUGUAGCUUUUGAACUUAGUUCGAUCCCAUCUGUUGCCGAACAACAGAAAAUAUUGUGUUAUCAUUGGUCCCGUUUAUCUCAUUUGAAAGAGCGUAGAUAAAUAAAAUGCGUACUAAGUUAAUGUAAAAUUAACUUUCAAAAUUAGUUCUUGUAAGUAUAAAAAAAUCUACACCUUGAACAAUUUUAUAAUUUGAGUGACCUUAUCAGUAAUACAGUUAAAUCCGCAUAUAGUUAAAAGUACAGUGUGUAUAGUUAAAUGCACAGCAUGAACAGAUAAAGGCGACGCAUAUAAAGUUGAAAGCACCUGAUAAACAGUUGAAACGAUCGCAUACAAAGUUAAAUAUACCAGUAAGCGGUUUAAAUUUCCAAGAGAUAUUUUGCCACUGACCGUUCAAGUCGGCCCCAGACUGUGUUCCUUUUUAUUUGUUGCGGCCAUGCUGCCUCCUUGUUUUGCUUUGUCUGUGUAUAUUUGGGCAAAUGUACACUGCUGAACUAUUCGACUGUUGCUCUUCUUUCAAAUUGCACAGAACAUUAAUUACGAUAAUUUUAUGAGAUAAUUUAUGACCAAAUAUUACAUAAAUUAGUCAUGAAAAUGUUUUAAUUGCAAUUAGAUUUAAUAUCUUAGUGACAGGUUAAAUAUCUGUAUGAUUACAUCAGAAAUAAUGAUAUUUGCUCUAGAAAAUUGUGAGUUGAAUGUUUCCUAGAAUAUCUGUGACGGAUAUAUCAACGAUCUAAUAGACAAAUCUGUUAUUAAAUAAAACCUUAACCUAGUGAAAACACUUGAACACUUGCCUUAUUUCUGAUUUGGUGAAAAGAUGUCUACUAGUAUUCUUUUGAUGAUUUGAUCCUAACACUGUUGUAUA